AUGGCAGAUACCAAAACCAAAGGAGGCGGAGAGCAGACACUAACGGUUGCUCUCCGAAUCCGCCCUUUAAAUGAAGAUGAGACUAUGAUGGGGGCUAGUACUAUUGCCCACAAAGUUCAAAAGAAGAUGGUGGUGCUAAUGGACCCCAUGGAUACAGAACAUGAUGACGUCCUACGAGCAAAUCGGUCUCGAGAGAAGAAGUUUGUGUUUGACUAUACAUUUGACAGCAAUGCAUCACAGGAGGAAGUCUUUAAGUCAACGGCAAGUUUCCUUAUACCUAGUGUUGUGUCAGGAUAUAAUGCCACUGUUUUUGCUUACGGUGCUACAGGUGCAGGGAAAACCUACACUAUGUUGGGAAACAAUGACAACCCUGGCAUAAUGGCGAUGUCUCUCAACGUGCUAUUCCAGGAGAUGGAGCGAACCAGGGAGGAUAUGGUCUACAAAGUCUCCAUGUCCUACCUUGAGAUCUAUAAUGAGAUGAUUCGUGAUUUGCUGAGUCCGUCAUCAGGCAUCCUUGACCUGAGAGAAGAUGCGAAGGGUGGCGUCCAGGUGGCUGGACUGUCUGAAGUGACCACUCACACAACUAGUGAGGUGAUGGAAAUGCUAUUGAUGGGAAACAAAGAGAGGACACAGGAGCCUACAGCAGCCAACAAGACAUCUUCACGCUCCCAUGCUGUCUUACAGGUUUUGGUUAAACAACAGAACCGUGUACGCAAUACCAGCCAUGAAGUGCGCAUGGGCAAGCUCUUUAUGGUAGAUUUGGCAGGUUCAGAACGUGCUGCCGCAACACACAAUAGAGGCAAACGUAUGGUAGAGGGAGCCCACAUCAACCGCUCUCUACUUGCUCUCGGCAACUGUAUAAAUGCCCUCAGUGACAAGAAUGGACCAAAAUAUGUAAACUUCCGAGACAGCAAGUUGACAAGACUGCUGAAGGAUGCAUUGGGUGGCAACUGUAAGACCGUGAUGAUAGCCCACAUCAGCCCUGCCUCGUUACACUUUGAGGAAUCUCGCAACACCCUCAUAUAUGCAGACAGAGCCAAACAUAUCAGAACAAAGGUACGGAGAAAUGUGGCUGACGUAUCCUACCACAUAGCCCAGUACACUAACAUCAUUCAAGAACUGAGGGAGGAAAUCAAUCGACUACGGGUGCGGCUUCAGGAUACUGUCGAGAGUGGACCUGUUAGUGGUGCAAAAAUAAAAACAGUUCAGGCUGAGGUCCUGUCCACACAACAUGGAGAAGCUCGAGAACAACUCAACAAAGUUAAGGAGCAACUCCUCAUCUCAUUCAAGGAUCAGAUGGAGCUGAGGAAAAGUUUAAUGGAACUCAAUAAUGCCUCAAUGGAAAUAAGCUUAGAAACAAAUCGUAACCAGCUGAUCAUUAGCGAAUGGGAUGUUGAAAAAGCUAAAUUACCAAGGCGAGAAGGUGGAGAGGACAUGUAUAGAGAGGACACAAAGACACUAGAACUGGCAGGGCUAGGUUCAGAUGAUGUUUUAGAACCUGAUGAAGUACGCAUGGCUCGGGAGGAACUAAAGGUCCUCCAUGAUGAGAAACAUCGCACAGAAAAGAUCAGAGGAACUGUUCAAAAGGAGUUAGACACUGCUAAGUUAAAGACAACUCGGCUUCAGGAGACUAUUCCUCAACGUAUCAAUGGAGAGGACCAGCGUGAGAUUCUCAGUCUAUUGUACAAGGUACAUGUGUUAGAGAUAGAAAACACAGAGGUUCAGUCUGCCUGUCUGCUGAGGGAGUUCCAGAUCAAGAAAAAAGACAUGGUUUUGUCAAGGUUCAGACAACACCAGAAUCUUACUGAUCAGAUUAUCAAACGACAGCGGGUACUUCUGGCAGAAAAGAACAUAGCAACACCUAAGGACCUGGAGGAACUAUAUGAUCUUUACAAGCUGGAGCUGGAUGACAGGUUACUGCUGACAGAUGAAGAUUCAGGUCUCAGUCCAGAGUAUCUUAAGAUUGGAGGAGGAGGUCGUAUCAACCGAUCAUUUAUUGCAGAUGAAGGUGACCAGCUCAGCACUCUAGAGGAAGAGGAUGCCAGACUUACACCCAGGUUUGGAGAAGGAGAAAAGUUGUUUUCGAGGAGUGCUAAAGCCCAACGCUUGAGGGAUGACAAUUUAUCUGUGAAUUGGGGAGAUAACUUGCAUCUAAAUGGUACUCCUCGCACUCCGCGUUCUCCACAUUCUUCUCGACAUAACAGCCCACAGCCCAUGGCGGUCAAUUUGUACAGUGAUGAUCGCACAACAAUAACCAGUAACACACGCAAUAUUGCUGCCCUGGCUGCAAAGAAACGAUCCAAAGCCCAGAACAACCUUCUUAACAUAGAACGGCAGUAUGGAGAGCCAAGGUCACUAUAUCGACCUUCAAAUGACGAUGCAUACUUAUCACCUCGAACACUUGCCAGACAUAACCAAAGCUAUGAUGAUGUUGUUCUACCAUCAAUUCACAAACCUCCAAGUGAGGACAACUUGUCCAAUGCUACCAAACAGAGUGCAAACACUGACAAUAGUAACUUGCCACCAAUUAGAGGUGGAAGAAAAGUUUCAAAGGAGUCAGACUUAAAACGUAAUCGGCGGACGCGUGGAUAUGACAACAGCUACAGUUCACAGUAUGCAAAAAUGAAUGCUGGCCGAGGCCGACAUGGAGUUGAUAUCUAUGGAAGAACAAAAAGGGGACAGAAAGGUGAUUCCUCGGGAGGAAGUACUCCACAGAGCAAGUCUAAGAAUCAUGUACCAACGAUAACAAGCUACAGAAAGGGAGAUAUCGCUGUGCAUGGCUUUAGUCUACCUCGAUGA